GGCUCGCGCUCGCACCGCCCUGUGCCGUGCCGGUGCAGGAUACGGCAGGGACGCAGUUCCAGGGGCGCUGCGGGGCCUGGGGAGACCCCCGAGCCCCGGACCGGCAGGACCUCCGGGGCGGGGGCACCGGCUGCGUUUGGAGGGUUCCUCGGCCGCCCUGCCUUCUGUGCCUCAGACCAAGGUCGGAGUGCCAGACGAGAGGGGCUGUGCGUCUCUGCUCCCCGCCUGGGGCCUGCCCUGCCCUCUGCCAGCGAUGGAGUACGUGGAUAUGAACAAGCUGAGCUGUGGGAAGAAGACGCGGGUGGAAGGCGGCCAGCUGGGGGGUGACGAAUGGACCCGCCACGGCAGCUUUGUCAAUAAGCCCACCCGUGGCUGGCUGCACCCUGAUGACAAGGUCAUGGGCCCCGGGGUCUCCUACCAUGUCCGGUACAUGGGUUGUGUGGAAGUGCUCCAGUCCAUGAGGGCUCUGGAUUUCAACACCAGGACACAGGUCACCAGGGAGGCCAUUGGGCUGGUGUGUGAGGCUGUGCCCGGUGCCAAGGGAGCCGUGAGGAGGAGGAAGCCCUGUGGUCGCUCCCUGAACUCCAUCCUGGGCAAGAGCAACUUGAAGUUCGCUGGCAUGCCCAUCACCCUGACCAUCUCCACCAGCAGCCUCAACCUCAUGGCCUCAGACUGCAAGCAGGUGAGAGCGGGGUCGGGUGGAGGCCAGGCUGGUUUUGGACUAGCAGGAAUCCUCAUGUCCUCCACCUCAGGUCUAGCAGGGGAUGUCCCCAGCCUCCCAAAGGAAUGUCUGGGUGGGCUGUGUGACUUGCUGAGUGCCCACCUCCCUGCAGUCCCAAGGGCUGAAGAGGUGGGAGGAAUAUCCCGCAUGCUUUGUGGGGUCUCUCCUGGAGACUGGGAAGGCAGGUGA